AUGCUGCUGGACGCGGGGCCGCAGUUCCCGGCGCUGGGCGUGGGCAGCUUCGCGCGUCCCCCGGCGGCGUCGGCGUCGGAGCUGCAGGAGCGGGAGCUGAGCCUGCAGAACAGCUUCGUGGACUCCGCGGCGGCGGCGGCGGCGGCCCACUUGGGCGCCUUCAAGCUCAACGCGGCGGCGGCGGCGGCGGCAGCGGCGGCCCACGAGCUCUCCUCGCCGCCCGGCCAGGGCUCGGCCUUCAGCUCGCAGGCCCCCGCCUACCCGCACGCCGCCCAUGUGGGCUCCUACUCCGCGCCGCCCUUCAAUUCCCCGCGGGACUUCUUGUUCCGCAGCAGCCGCGGCUUCGGCGAGGCGCGGCGUCGGGCGGCGGCGCAGCAUGGACUCUUCGGGGCGGCGGCGGCGGCGGCCGGGGGCGGCCUCCAUCACCCGCACGGAGCGCAGAGCCACCUGCUCUUCCCGGGCAUGGGCGAGCAGCACGGCGGGCCCGGCUCGCCCAACGUCCUCAACGGGCAGAUGCGCCUGGGCUUGGCCGGCGAGGUCUUCGGCCGCUCGGAGCAGUACCGCCAGGUGGCCAGCCCCCGGACUGACCCCUACGCCGCCGCCCAGCUCCACGGCCAGUACGGGCCCAUGAACAUGGGCAUGAACAUGGCGGCGGCGGCGGCAGCCCACCAUGCCCACCACCCGCACGCUCAACCCCACGCCCACCACCACCACCACCACCACCAUCACCACCCGGGCGCCUUCUUCCGCUACAUGCGCCAGCAGUGCAUCAAGCAGGAGCUCAUCUGCAAGUGGAUCGACCCCGAGCAGCUGGGCAGCCCCAAGAAGAGCUGCAACAAGACUUUCAGCACCAUGCACGAGCUCGUCACCCACGUCUCCGUCGAGCACGUCGGCGGCCAGCAGAGCAACCACAUCUGCUUCUAGGAGUGCCCCCGCGAAGGGAAACCCUUCAAGGCCAAGUACAAGCUCGUCAACCACAUCCGCGUCCACACCGGCGAGAAGCCCUUCCCCUGCCCCUUCCCCGGCUGCGGCAAGGUCUUCGCCCGCUCCGAGAACCUCAAGAUCCACAAGCGGACGCACACAGGCGAGAAGCCUUUCCAGUGCGAAUUCGAAGGCUGCGACAGACGCUUCGCCAACAGCAGCGACCCGCAAGAAACACAUGACGUCCACACCUCGGACAAGCCCUACCUGUGCAAGAUGUGCGACAAGUCCUACACGCACCCCAGCUCCCUGCGGAAACAUAUGAAGGUCCACGAGUCUUCCCCGCAAGGCUCCGAGUCGUCCCCGGCCGCCAGCUCGGGCUACGAGUCCUCCACCCCGCCGGGCUUGGUAUCGCCCAGCGCCGAGAGCCAGAGCGCGGCGGCCACUAACUUGUCUCCGGCGGCGGCUGCAGCUGUGUCCGCGGUGCACCGGAGCGCCAGCGGCGGGGCCGGGGGCAACGGUGGGGCCGGCGGCGGCGGAGGAGGCGGUGGAGGCGGCGGCGGGAGCAGCGGCGGCCACAGCGGCCUCACCUCCAACUUCAACGAGUGGUACGUCUGAAGG